GAUGUGUGCCAUGAAAGCAUGCUUAUACCGGCUUUGUAUUAACUUUUUGUAAUGAUUUUUCCGUAUGGUUGAGAAAUGUGAUCGACCGCCGUAUUUAAAAUUUGAUUUUUGUGAUUAUUUCAUUAGUAUUUGUCGAGUUGUGGGGUUGUUGGCCUACUUUUAGCCCAGAGGCCUGAAGAAUCAUGUCACGUCGAAAGGGACAAGAGGAAUGUGACAAGCUUACCCGAAUUGCUAUUGUUAGCUCUGACAAAUGCAAGCCCAAGAGAUGUCGUCAAGAAUGCAAAAAGUCCUGCCCUGUAGUGCGGAUGGGUAAACUGUGUAUAGAGGUUUCAGUUAGUGACAAAAUUGCCAGUAUUUCAGAAGAACUGUGCAUUGGUUGUGGUAUUUGUGUGAAGAAAUGUCCAUUUGAAGCCAUCAACAUCAUUAACUUGCCUAGCAACUUAGAAAGGGAUACCACUCAUCGCUACUCUCAAAAUUCAUUCAAGCUCCAUCGCUUGCCUAUACCUCGCCCGGGUGAAGUACUUGGAUUAGUAGGAACCAAUGGUAUUGGUAAAUCAACAGCUCUUAAAAUCCUUGCUGGCAAACAGAAACCAAACUUGGGUCGAUACCUGAAUCCUCCUGACUGGCAAGAAAUUUUAAAUAACUUCCGUGGCUCAGAGCUUCAAAACUACUUCACCAAGAUUUUGGAGGAUAAUUUGAAGGCUUUAAUCAAACCCCAGUAUGUGGAUCAAAUCCCAAAGGCAAUCAAAGGAACGGUGCAGGAACUUCUUGACAAGAAGGAUGAGCGCAAUAACCAAAAUGAAAUUUGUGAUAUGCUGGAUCUACAAAAAAUCCGUGGACGUCAAAUUGAUCAGUUGUCUGGUGGAGAAUUGCAACGGUUUGCUUGUGCUAUGGUAUGCAUUCAAGAUGGAGACAUUUUCAUGUUUGAUGAACCAUCUUCAUACCUGGAUGUGAAACAGCGAUUAAAAGCUGCCGUCACCAUUCGUUCACUCAUCCAGGCUGACAAGUUCAUCAUUGUUGUUGAGCAUGACUUGUCUGUAUUAGACUACUUGUCAGAUUUUAUCUGCUGUCUAUAUGGCGUGCCGGGAGCCUAUGGUGUGGUUACUAUGCCAUUCUCUGUCAGGGAAGGUAUCAACAUUUUCCUUGAUGGUUUUGUGCCCACUGAGAAUUUAAGGUUCCGAGAGGAAUCUCUUGUUUUCCGUGUGGCGGAAUCUGCAACUGAGGAGGAAGUUAAGAGAAUGAACCAUUAUGAGUAUCCCACGAUGUCAAAACAACUUGGAAGUUUCAAACUUGCUGUUGAAUGUGGGCAGUUCACGGACUCAGAAAUUCUGGUUCUUCUUGGUGAAAAUGGUACUGGUAAAACUACUUUUAUUCGUAUGCUUGCUGGUAAACUACCACCUGACACUGGUUCAGGGGAUCUCCCAGUGCUGAAUAUUAGUUACAAACCCCAGAAGAUCAGUCCGAAGUCUCAAGGAGUUGUGCGUCAGUUGCUUCAUGAGAAAAUCAGGGAUGCAUAUGUCCAUCCUCAGUUUAUUACUGAUGUUAUGAAGCCUAUGAGAAUUGAUGAUAUUAUGGACCAAGAAGUCCAAAACUUAUCUGGUGGAGAACUCCAAAGGGUUGCCAUGACUCUCUGUCUUGGCCAACCUGCCGAUGUUUAUCUUAUUGAUGAGCCAUCUGCCUAUCUGGAUUCUGAGCAGCGUCUUGUUGCUGCUAAAGUUAUCAAGAGGUUCAUCUUGCAUGCCAAGAAAACAGGCUUUGUGGUUGAGCACGAUUUUAUCAUGGCUACUUACUUGGCUGACCGUGUUAUUGUAUUUGAGGGUUCGCCUUCUGUAGAUACUACUGCUCACAGUCCUCAAUCCCUUCUGAAUGGUAUGAAUCGUUUCCUGGAACUGUUGGGUAUCACUUUCCGACGUGAUCCCAAUAACUUCAGACCUCGUAUCAACAAAAACCAGUCAGUUAAGGAUGUCGAGCAAAAACGAGCUGGCCAGUAUUUCUUCCUUGAAGAAUAAAUUUUAUCUAGACAUCAAGUGCUGUACCUGAUCCUCACACAGAAGUAGAUCAUGAUUUUAUGUCAGGGAAGCAGCUUAAGCCAAUUGCUCAGCAUUUCAUUGAAGGUACAACCAACCUACUCAUGCCCAUGCUGCUUUAUUAUUAAAGUCUAUUACUGAGUAAGCUAAAGUAAAUGAUUUUUUAUAAUUAGAAAAAUCCUCAUGUACAUGUAUUGAUUUAACUUUUUUUAAUUUCUACUUCAUUACUUGCAAAUUGAUGUUUAGAAGAAAAAAAAAACAGCCCUCAUCUCUCUCAACUUUACAGUAUGACAUGUAUUUCAACUUUCUGCUGGUAACAGAAAUGUCAUCCUUGAAUAGAACACUUUUUUAAAACUAUUUAUAUAUGACUGGAUCAUAUGUUGGGACACAAUAGGUUAAUCUCAUUAUUAAAAAUAAAUGUUAAAAUUUGUCUAUUUUGUUUAUGACAAAUAAUGAAUGAAUUACAUCAAGAUGACUGCUCCUUGCUAAAA